AUGCCGGGAACAAGUACAAUCCCGCCUUCCAUUGGAUGCACUGGAAGCUGUCCUACAAAGAUUGUUAUUACCGUUACCGGCGGACUAAUUACCGAAUCGACGUACGGUCCAACACCUGGUACAAGCACUACUGGUGGAUUUAUUACUGAGACGACCUUUGGCCCAAUGCCGGGAACAAGUACAAUCCCGCCCACUAUUGGAUGUACCGGAAGCUGUCCUACAAAGAUUGUUAUUACCGUUACUGGCGGACUAAUUACCGAAUCGACGUACGGUCCAACACCUGGUACAAGCACUGUACCUCCAUCGUCAGGAUGUACGGGAGCGUGUCCUACUAGAAUUAUCGUUACACAGACUGGUGGAUUUAUUACUGAGACGACCUUCGGCCCUAUGCCGGGAACAAGUACAAUCCCGCCUUCCAUUGGAUGCAUCGGAAGCUGUCCUACAAAGAUUGUCAUUACCGUUACCGGCGGACUAAUUACCGAAUCGACAUACGGUCCAACACCUGGUACAAGUACUGUUCUUCCUUCGUCAGGAUGUACGGGAGUGUGUCCUACUAGAAUUAUCGUUACACAGACUGGUGGAUUUAUUACUGAGACGACCUUUGGCCCAAUGCCUGGAACAAGUACAAUUCCCCCACCUAUUGGAUGCACUGGAAGUUGUCCUACUAGAAUUAUCGUCACACAGACUGGUGGAUUUAUUACUGAGACAACCUUUGGGCCAAUGCCGGGAACAAGUACAAUCCCGCCUUCCAUUGGAUGCACUGGAAGCUGUCCUACAAAGAUUGUCAUUACUGUUACUGGCGGACUAAUUACUGAAUCGACGUACGGUCCAACACCUGGUACAAGCACUGUACUUCCAUCGUCAGGAUGUUCGGGAGUGUGUCCUACUAGAAUUAUUAUUACAGAGACUGGUGGAUUUAUUACUGAGACGACCUUUGGCCCAAUGCCGGGAACAAAGACUGGUGGAUUUAUUACUGAGACGACCUUUGGGCCAAUGCCGGGAACAAGUACAAUCCUGCCUUCCAUUGGAUGCACUGGAAGCUGUCCUACAAAGAUUGUAAUUACUGUUACUGGCGGACUAAUUACCGAAUCGACGUACGGUCCAACACCUGAGACUGGUGGAUUUAUUACUGAGACGACCUUUGGGCCAAUACCGGGAACAAGUACAAUCCCGCCUUCCAUUGGAUGCACUGGAAGCUGUCCUACAAAGAUUGUUAUUACUGUUACUGGCGGACUAAUUACCGAAUCGACGUACGGUCCAACACCUGGUACAAGCACUACUGGUAGAUUUAUUACUGAGACGACCUUUGGCCCAAUGCCGGGAACAAGUACAAUCCCGCCUUCCAUUGGAUGCACUGGAAGCUGUCCUACAAAGAUUGUUAUUACCGUUACCGGCGGACUAAUUACCGAAUCGACGUACGGUCCAACACCUGGUACAAGCACUACUGGUGGAUUUAUUACUGAGACGACCUUUGGCCCAAUGCCGGGAACAAGUACAAUCCCGCCCACUAUUGGAUGUACCGGAAGCUGUCCUACAAAGAUUGUUAUUACCGUUACUGGCGGACUAAUUACCGAAUCGACGUACGGUCCAACACCUGGUACAAGCACUACUGGUGGAUUUAUUACUGAGACGACCUUCGGCCCUAUGCCGGGAACAAGUACAAUCCCGCCUUCCAUUGGAUGCAUCGGAAGCUGUCCUACAAAGAUUGUCAUUACCGUUACCGGCGGACUAAUUACCGAAUCGACAUACGGUCCAACACCUGGUACAAGUACUGUUCUUCCUUCGUCAGGAUGUACGGGAGUGUGUCCUACUAGAAUUAUCGUUACACAGACUGGUGGAUUUAUUACUGAGACGACCUUUGGCCCAAUGCCUGGAACAAGUACAAUUCCCCCACCUAUUGGAUGCACUGGAAGUUGUCCUACUAGAAUUAUCGUCACACAGACUGGUGGAUUUAUUACUGAGACAACCUUUGGGCCAAUGCCGGGAACAAGUACAAUCCCGCCUUCCAUUGGAUGCAUCGGAAGCUGUCCUACAAAGAUUGUCAUUACCGUUACCGGCGGACUAAUUACCGAAUCGACAUACGGUCCAACACCUGGUACAAGUACUGUUCUUCCAUCGUCAGGAUGUUCGGGAGUGUGUCCUACUAGAAUUAUCGUUACACAGACUGGUGGAUUUAUUACUGAGACGACCUUUGGGCCAAUGCCUGGAACAAGUACAAUUCCCCCAUCUAUUGGAUGCCCUGGAAGUUGUCCUACUAGAAUUAUCGUCACACAGACUGGUGGAUUUAUUACUGAGACAACCUUUGGGCCAAUGCCGGGAACAAGUAUAAUCCCGCCUCCCAUUGGAUGCAUCGGAAGCUGUCCUACAAAGAUUGUCAUUACUGUUACUGGCGGACUAAUUACCGAAUCGACAUACGGUCCAACACCUGGUACAAGUACUGUUCUUCCUUCGUCAGGAUGUACGGGAGUGUGUCCUACUAGAAUUAUCGUUACACAGACUGGUGGAUUUAUUACUGAGACGACCUUUGGCCCUACGCCGGGAACAAGUACAAUCCCGCCUUCCAUUGGAUGCAUCGGAAGCUGUCCUACAAAGAUUGUUAUUACUGUUACUGGCGGACUAAUUACCGAAUCGACAUACGGUCCGACACCUGGUACAAGUACUGUUCUUCCAUCGUCAGGAUGUACGGGAGUGUGUCCGACUAGAAUUAUCGUUACACAGACUGGUGGAUUUAUUACUGAGACGACCUUUGGCCCUAUGCCGGGAACAAGUACAAUCCCUCCUUCCAUUGGAUGCAUCGGAAGCUGUCCUACAAAGAUUGUCAUUACUGUUACUGGCGGACUAAUUACCGAAUCGACAUACGGUCCAACACCUGGUACAAGUAUUGUUCUUCCAUCGUCAGGAUGUACGGGAGUGUGUCCUACUAGAAUUAUCGUUACACAGACUGGUGGAUUUAUUACUGAGACGACCUUUGGCCCAAUGCCGGGAACAAGUACAAUCCCGCCCACUAUUGGAUGUACCGGAAGCUGUCCUACAAUAAUUGUUAUUACCGUUACCGGCGGACUAAUUACCGAAUCGACAUACGGUCCAACACCUGGUACAAAGACUGGUGGAUUUAUUACUGAGACCACCUUUGGGCCAAUGCCUGGAACAAGUACAAUUCCCCCAUCUAUUGGAUGCGCUGGAAGUUGCCCUACUAGAAUUAUCGUUACACAGACUGGUGGAUUUAUUACUGAGACGACCUUUGGGCCAAUGCCGGGAACAAGUACAAUCCCGCCUUCCAUUGGAUGCACUGGAAGCUGUCCUACAAAGAUUGUCAUUACUGUUACUGGCGGACUAAUUACCGAAUCGACAUACGGUCCAACACCUGGUACAAGUACUGUUCUUCCAUCGUCAGGAUGUACGGGAGUGUGUCCGACUAGAAUUAUCGUUACACAGACUGGUGGAUUUAUUACUGAGACGACCUUUGGCCCUAUGCCGGGAACAAGUACAAUCUCACCUUCCAUUGGAUGCAUCGGAAGCUGUCCUACAAAGAUUAUCAUUACUGUUACUGGCGGACUAAUUACCGAAUCGACAUACGGUCCAACACCUGGUACAAGUACUGUUCUUCCUUCGUCAGGAUGUACUGGAGUGUGUCCUACUAGAAUUAUCGUUACACAGACUGGUGGAUUUAUUACUGAGACGACCUUUGGGCCAAUGCCUGGAACAAGUACAAUUCCCCCAUCUAUUGGAUGCACUGGAAGUUGUCCUACUAGAAUUAUCGUUACACAAACUGGUGGAUUUAUUACUGAGACGACCUUUGGCCCAAUGCCGGGAACAAGUACAAUCCCGCCUUCCAUUGGAUGCACUGGAAGCUGUCCUACAAAGAUUGUCAUUACUGUUACUGGCGGACUAAUUACCGAAUCGACAUACGGUCCAACACCUGGUACAAAGACUGGUGGAUUUAUUACUGAGACGACCGUUGGGCCAAUGCCUGGAACAAGUACAAUUCCCCCAUCUAUUGGAUGCACUGGAAGUUGUCCUACUAGAAUUAUCAUUACACAGACUGGUGGAUUUAUUACUGAGACAACCUUUGGCCCAAUGCCGGGAACAAGUACAAUCCCGCCUUCCAUUGGAUGCACUGGAAGCUGUCCUACAAAGAUUGUCAUUACUGUUACUGGCGGACUAAUUACCGAAUCUACAUACGGUCCAACACCUGGUACAAAGACUGGUGGAUUUAUUACUGAGACGACCGUUGGGCCAAUGCCUGGAACAAGUACAAUUCCCCCAUCUAUUGGAUGCACUGGAAGUUGUCCUACUAGAAUUAUUAUUACACAGACUGGUGGAUUUAUUACUGAGACAACCUUUGGCCCAAUGCCGGGAACAAGUACAAUCCCGCCUUCCAUUGGAUGCACUGGAAGCUGUCCUACAAAGAUUGUCAUUACUGUUACUGGCGGACUAAUUACCGAAUCUACAUACGGUCCAACACCUGGUACAAGUACUGUUCUUCCAUCGUCUGGAUGUACGGGAGUGUGUCCUACUAGAAUUAUCGUUACACAGACUGGUGGAUUUAUUACUGAGACGACCUUUGGGCCAAUACCGGGAACAAGUACAAUCCCGCCUUCCAUUGGAUGCACCGGAAGCUGUCCCACAAAGAUUGUCAUUACUGUUACUGGCGGACUAAUUACCGAAUCGACAUACGGUCCAACACCUGGUACAAGUACUGUUCUUCCAUCGUCAGGAUGUACGGGAGUGUGUCCUACUAGAAUUAUCGUUACACAGACUGGUGGAUUUAUUACUGAGACGACCUUUGGACCAAUGCCGGGAACAAGUACAAUUCUGCCUUCCAUUGGAUGCACCGGAAGCUGUCCUACAAAGAUUGUCAUUACUGUUCCCGGCGGAUUUACUACUGAGUCGACAUUGGGACCUACGCCGGGUACUAGCACUAUUCCUCCAUCCUCUGAUUGCCCAUGGACUGGUACAUAUAUUACAACGUACACGAUUUCACCAAUCAGCACGAUCCCUGGUACCAUUGUCAUUCAAACUCCUCAGAGCUACGUAGUAACAACGCAGACGUGGACUGGUCUUGGAACUACGACAACUACUGUUCCGCCUAGUGGUACCCUUCCCGGUACUAUUAUUAUUCAGACUCCUCAGAGCUAUAUAGUAACAACGCAGACGUGGACUGGUCUUGGAACGACGACUACUACUGUUCCGCCUAGUGGUACUCUUCCUGGGACUAUUAUUAUUCAGAUUCCUGAAAGCUACGUAGUAACAACGCAGACGUGGACUGGUCUUGGAACGACAACUACUACUGUUCCGCCUAGUGGUACCAUUCCUGGUACUAUAAUUAUUCAGACUCCUCAGAGCUAUGUAGUAACAACGCAGACGUGGACUGGUCUUGGAACGACUACUACUACUAUUCCACCUAGUGCUACUCUUCCCGGUACUAUUAUUAUUCAGACUCCUCAGAGCUAUGUAUUAACGACGCAGACGUGGACUGGUCUUGGAACUACGACUACUACUGUUCCUCCUAGUGGAACUAUUCCCGGUACUAUUAUUAUUCAGACUCCUCAGACGUAUAUAGUAACAACGCAGACGUGGACUGGUCUUGGAACAACGACUACUACUGUUCCGCCUAGUGGUACUAUUCCCGGUACAAUUAUUAUUCAGACUCCUCAGACUGGUACUCUUCCCGGUACUAUUAUUAUUCAGACUCCUGAGAGUUAUGUAGUAACAACGAAGACAUGGACUGGUCUUGGAACUACGACUACUACUGUUCCUCCUAGUGGUACUAUUCCCGGGACUAUUAUUAUUCAGACUCCUCAGAGCUAUGUAUUAACGACGCAGACAUGGACCGGUCUUGGAACGACAACUACUACUGUUCCGCCUAGUGGUACUAUUCCCGGGACUAUUAUUAUUCAGACUCCUCAGAGCUACGUAGUAACAACGAAGACGUGGACUGGUGUUGGAACUACGACUACUACUGUUCUACCCAGUGGUACUCUUCCCGGUACUAUUAUUAUUCAGACUCCUCAGAGCUACGUAGUAACAACGCAGACGUGGACUGGUCUUGGAACUACGACUACUACUGUUCCUCCUAGUGGUACUAUUCCCGGUACAAUUAUUAUUCAGACUCCUCAGAGCUAUGUAUUAACGACGCAGACAUGGACCGGUCUUGGAACGACAACUACUACUGUUCCGCCUAGUGGUACUAUUCCCGGGACUAUUAUUAUUCAGACUCCUCAGAGCUACGUAGUAACAACGAAGACGUGGACUGGUCUUGAAACUACGACUACUACUGUUCCACCUAGUGGUACUCUUCCCGGUACUAUUAUUAUUCAGACUCCUGAGAGUUACGUAGUAACAACGAAGACAUGGACUGGUCUUGGAACUACGACUACUACUGUUCCACCUAGUGGUACUAUUCCCGGGACUAUUAUUAUUCAGACUCCUCAGAGCUAUGUAUUAACGACGCAGACAUGGACCGGUCUUGGAACGACAACUACUACUGUUCCGCCUAGUGGUACUAUUCCCGGGACUAUUAUUAUUCAGACUCCUCAGAGCUACGUAGUAACAACGCAGACGUGGACUGGUCUUGGAACAACUACUACUACUGUUCCGCCUAGUGGUACUAUUCCCGGUACAAUUAUUAUUCAGACUCCUCAGAGCUACAUAGUAACAACGAAGACGUGGACUGGUCUUGGAACUACGACUACUACUGUUCCACCUAGUGGUACUGUUCCCGGUACUAUUAUAAUUCAGACCCCUUAUAGUUAUGUACGGAACUAA